CACGUGACGGACUUCCCCCCCUUCCACCCCAACGGCACCGAUAAGGGCCGGCUGGUGGAGCUGUACCGCAUCAUCGCCUACCUUGGCGCCUCCCUGGGCAACGUCACGCGGGACCAGAGGACCCUCAACCCCCACGCCGUCGGCCUCCACGGCAAGCUGAACGCCACGGCGGACACGCUGCGCGGCCUCCUGAGCAACGUGCACUGCCGCCUGUGCAGCAAGUACCACGUGGCCCGCGUGGAGGUGGCCUACGGCCCCGACACCUCGGACAAGGACGUCUUCCAGAAGAAGAAGAUGGGCUGCCAGCUCCUGGGGAAGUACAAGCAGGUCAUCGCGCUGCUGGCCCAGGCCUUCUAGGGGGCGGCCUCGGGGCGCGCGGCGGCCCACGGUCUCGGACUCAGGGGGAUCUCACACCGAGGCCCCGGCCGAAGCCUCACCAAACGCAAGUGCCAUCGGCCGGCGGACCCCGAGGCCCUCCCGGCCGGCCGCUCCCCUCCGGGGAGGACUGUGCAGAAACCCAGCAGAGUCAGAACUCCCGUCGGCGAGGCCUGGAUCCUGCCUCUUCGGGGAGAUCCAGCCGGGCCCUGGGGUGCGAGGCUGUGAGGGGCGUGUGGGCUGGACGUCUGCCCCACGUGUCCCCGCGGCCGGGGCCUCCGUGACCAAACCGAACACGUGAUCUCCGGCGAUUCUGGCCACAGGGCCAGGCAGCAGGGCUGGGGGGGUUGCCCGACCCCCAGCGGAAUGACCAGCGUCCGUGCCUUCGCUGCCCCUGGGGUAGACUUCGGAAGGUCUGGAUGGGGCCGCCACAGGGGCCGGGACCCCAGGACCCCUGGGCCUCUGUGCGAGUGGGGAGUGGAAGACGGAGAAAGGAGCUCUGGAGGGAGACGUGGCCUCCUCUUGAACACGGUGGGGGAGCUCAGGCCUCGGAGCUGCUAGGCCGAGGGUUCCGGAAGGAGGUUCCUGGGGUUCAGGCCCCUGGGGAGGCAGAGCAGCCGCCUGCAGGCCUGGGAGGGAAGACGCUGGAAGGAAGAGAGGCCCUGAGAGUCCGGACGGGCUCUCCUUCCUCUUGCUGGCAUCUUCCCGCGGCCCAGGACGGCUGGACCGGAGGUGGGGUAUGUGGAGGCGGGCAGGUGGCGCAGUCAGGUGAGGCGGUGGGGAGGGGACCCAGGUCUUCCUUCUGGGGGAGAAUCUGUCGUGGAGGGGAGGGGCGGAGUCACUCAGAGUGGCAGCUCACAUCCGAGGCCUCUGGAGGCCCCGUGGGGUCACGCAAAGGUACUUGAGGGGGACAGAGGCCGUCUCUGGUCCCCAGAGCAAGGGGACAGCAGAACUUGAGGUCAGGGUCUCAGGGAAGCGCCUGAGGCCCCAGAGUGCUGUGUGUCGGACCCGGCACAACCGUCUAUUUAUUAUGAUGCCCUAUUUAUAUUAACUUAUUGGUGCUUUCCAUGGCAAAAUGAAUUCCCCCCUUUCCCUGUUCUCUACCCAAUAGAAACAGUAGGGUGGCCCCUUCCCGGGGGGCCAGGGCCAGGGCCAGGCCUUCGCAGGGCUGCUCUGGAAACUGAAGAUGUUACAAGUGGGAUGAGCCUUCUGGGCGAAGCUCAGAGAAGGCUCGGAAUCCGAGGGAACCGGUCAGCCAUCCCUCCACCCCAGCUGUGCUUUGGGGUGUCAGGGUCCUGGCUGCAAGGCAGGCUGGGGGCACUCUGUGGAGUGGCUAGAGGGGGGCCUUUUCCCGGGGCCGCACGCUGCUUGGCUCCAGGGGGUCAUUCGACGCUGUUCUCUGGGGGCCCCCGGAAUUGUGCAGAGAGGGGGGCAGUGGGCCAGGCAGCCCGGGCGACCUGCCUGUUCCUGCUUCCCGGUCCCCACGCUGCCUCCUCUAGACUAGCAGUCGAGGGGGGCCCUGGAGCAGCCCCGACGACGCAGCACCCAGCACCCAGCACCCAGCAGGCUCGCACACAGCGGGAGGCGCCUUCUCUGGUGGCCCGAACACCCACAGAGGGCGGGCGAGCGCGAGGGCCGGGCUGGACCUCAGGAAGCGGGCAGGGCUGGGAGGAGGCCCCUGCUCCGGAGGCCAGGGAGGCCCUGGGAUGUGGACCAGGAAGCUGUGGUCCCUCCCCCCACGCCCCCACCCAUGUCUGGGCUCCCAGGCAGGGAACCCGAUCUUUUCCUUUGUGCUGGGGCCAGGCUAGUGGAGAAACGCCCUCUGGGCUCGGAGCUCGGGCAGCUGCAGAGAGGAGAGCAGCAUCUGGCUUCUUCUCAAAGGCUGAGCGCUGAGCGGCCCUCCGUCCGAGCAGCUCAGCCAAUGCAGUUACGGUACUUUGCACUCGCUCUGCACCUCUCUGUCCUCUCUGAGUGCUCCCCUCUCCCCCACUCCACCCUCACCCCACCCCCACUGAGGGCAGGUGAGCAGGCAGCAGGCCAGCCCUGGGCCUGGGGUGGGGGUAGGGGGUGGAGUUGGAGUGGAUGUAAGGAGGGUGGCAGGAACCAUGGAGAUCUCAUGUUCUCUGAUGGGUCGAUUGGUCAAUGGGUUCGAAUCUCAGCCUGCUGCCCGCCUCAUCUCUCUGGCUCAAAAGGCUUGGCUGGUGGGUCGCACAUCAUGUCAUCACCCCAUGAACACGAACAACCCCCCCCCCCCCCAUUCCAGGCCAACCUGGGCCGCCUCUGAGGCUCAGGGGCCAGCACAGCCCCUGGCUCCCAGGCUCCGCCCCUGCAGGGCAGCGGCUGUCCUGUCCCCCGUUGUUUCCUGGGCAGGGGUGGACCCCUGUGUGCAGCCCUGGUCGCCCGCUGGGCCCAGGAAGGAGGGAGAGGGCCAUCAUGUUGUAUUUUAUUGAAGAGAGGAGUAUUGGGGACCUUAUUUAUUAUUUAAAUUGUUAAACAACAAAGCACCGUUAGUUUAUUUGUCUCUCCUCCUUGUUGUCAUCCCCCCCCCUUCUUGUCCCCUCCGUGGGGACGUCCCCCCCGACAGAAGUAGCCCGGCUCUGCCCGGAGGGCUCUUCAGAAUAGACAGUGUGUGGGGUUGGAGCUGGGAAUCCGGCGAGAAGUUCAUCUCCUUUCAGAUGGUACAGAUGUUUUUACCUUCGGAUCAAGCCCCCCCCUGUACCCCCAAACCCCAGUACCUGGGCGUCCCUCCCACCCACCCCGCCAGCUCCGUGCUCCGUGCGUCCUCCCGGAUUUCCCGCCGUCCUGUCCACUGGAGAGGACUCGGCCUUGGGGACAAAUUCCUCUGUGAUGAAUGUACCCUGUGGGAAUGUUUCAUACUGACAGAAUUAUUUUUAUUUAUUCAAUGUCAUAUUUAAAAUAUUUAUUUUUUUAUACUGAAGGAAUCCUUUUUUUUUUAAAAGAAGAAGAAAAAAAAGAAAU